AUGCCUCCCAAGAAAGCUGCUGGUUCAGCUAAGGGUCGCCCUGUCAGAGCCGCUGCAAAGCCGCAGUCCUCGACGAAGGCCAACGAGUCUACCACUCGCGUCAAACCUGCUGCGAAGAGUACUGCCAAAGCUCCAGCGAAGAAGGCCACUACCAAAGCUGCUGCGACUAAGAAGACUACCACCAAAACUGCAGCUAAGAAGCCUGCUACCAAAUCAGCAGCCAAUACUGCUGCGAAGCGCAAGGCGACCGAGGAGCUCGAAGAUGAUCGUGUCAAUGGCGUCAAAAGGUCCAAGUCGUCCAAGACCCCAGAGCCCAAAGCACCUCGCAAGAUUGCUCAACCCAAGGCCAAGAAGCCUCGCGCCAAGGGUCCUAUUAUCAACCAUGCUCCUACCCAGCCUCUCAAUGUCUACGUCUUCGGUGAGGGCUCAUCUGGUGAACUCGGUCUCGGUAGUGCCAAGGGUCAAAUCGAAGUCAAGCGUCCUCGUCUCAACCCUCUCCUCAGUGCUGAUGAGGUCGGCGUUGUUCAACUCGCUGUUGGUGGCAUGCAUACUGCCGUCCUGACCAAAGACAACAAGAUUCUUACCUGGGGUGUCAACGACCAAGGUGCCCUCGGCCGCGACGUCACCUGGGAAGGCGGUCUUCGCGAUAUCGACGAUGACAAGUCCGACUCUGGUUCAUCCGAUUCUGGCAGCGACACAGGGGUCAACCCGCGCGAGUCUACCCCUGCUGAAAUCGACAUGACUGGCCUCCCUGAUAACCUUACUUUCACACAAGUCGCCUGCACCGACUCAGCCACCUUCGUGCUUACUGACGAAGGCCAAGUCUACGGUUGGGGUACGUUCCGCAGCAACGAGGGCAUUUUCGGCUUCGAUCUCGACACCUGCAGCGACAACAACAAGAUUCAGCCCCGUCCCAAGCUCAUUCCUUCUCUAAAGAAGAUCACUCAGCUUGCCACCGGCGCCAACCACGUCCUUGCUCUCUCCUCCACCGGGCAGGUCUGGGCUUGGGGCUCUGGUCAGCAGAACCAACUCGGCCGUCGCGUUCUUGAGCGCUUCAUCAACCAAGCUCUUGUUCCUACCAAAGUCGGUGUCCCUGCCGCCAUGGUGUUGGUCGGCUGUGGCUCAUACCACUCCUUCGCGGUCAACAAGAACGGCGACGUCUACGCUUGGGGCCUCAACUCUUUCGGUGAGACUGGCAUUCCGCAAGAUCUUGGCGAAGGCGGUGAAUCCGAUGUUCACGGUGCCACCAUCGUUGAGGCUCUCCGUGGCCACGGCAAAGUCACCUGCAUCGAAGGUGGAGCGCAUCACACCAUCGCUGUCACCGACUCUGGCAAGCUGCUCGGCUGGGGUCGCCUCGAUGGCUACCAGCUGGGUUUAGACAUUGCUUCCCUCCCUAAAGACGAUCUCGUCUACGACGCCAACGGCAGCCCGCGCAUCCUCACGACGCCCACGCAAAUUCCCGGCAUUGACGCCGUCUUCUGCUCCGCAGGCAGUGAUCACGCCAUUGCGGUUGCGAAAGAUGGCAAGGCUUACAGCUGGGGUUUCAGCACCACGUACCAGACUGGUCUCGGUACCGAUGAUGACGUUGAGAAAGCGACGCAUAUUGACAACACGGCUGUCAGAGGCAAGAAGCUCGUAUGGGCCGGUUGUGGGGGUCAAUUCAGCGUGUUGGCGGGCAUCGCUGGUGAGGAGACGAUGGUCAAUGGUGUCCAUUGA